CCCAGGAGCCCGCGCUGUGGCUGGCGGAGGUGGCGCUGCCGGACGAGGACGCCGCCAGCCCCUUCUGGUACAAGUUCCUCCGGCGGCAGGGCGGCGAACUCCUCUGGGAAGAAGUAAAGAAUUCAGAACUUCUUACUUGCCCGUUAAGGAGGUGUGAUUUGUUACUUUUAUUUCAGGAAGCUGAAAUGUCACCAUGGCAUUUUCAGGCUGGUAAAUUUUACCGUUGGAAUUGCUGACAAAAAAACAAAAUAGGGAAGAGUUCUGUCACGACUUUUCCAGUCUUCUUGCUGUCUCUGUAGUACUUCCACCAUGAACUUCCCCUGUCCUGUGUUGUCAAAUGUUGAAUAACUUUAGUCAGUUCCCAUGUGCUGUUCUGAUAUAUUUAAGUAUCUUAAAUAAGAGAGAACACUCAUAAAAUUGUAUGCCAAGUCAAAUAAAGCUCUAAAUAUACCUUUUGUCACUGAGGAAUGGAUCGGACUUGGUGAAAGGAAGACAGAUGACUAGGUAAUUUGUGAGGGGUUUUUUUUAACUGAUAAAAUAGUUCUAUAAUCCAUAUACCGAAAUAACACAUUGUAGAGCAGUUGCUCUUCACCCGUAUUAAGAACACAUAUCACGCUUUUAAACUGCUGUUCUGUCACAUAAGACUAAAUCAUGCAUGUCGUCAUAACUGUUGCAUUUGGUUUUUCUUCUUUAUACUAAUAAAGGACUAUGUGUUAAUAGUACAUUCAUAGAAGUUUACAUCAUGAAGUACUAUUUACACCAUGUAAUAGUAAUUGUUUUGUUUAGCAGCUAAAAUAAAUAGUACAUUCUGCCUGCUUUAACCAUGUUUUUCUUUUGCAGAAAUGCAGGAAAAGUGAAUUUAUGGAAUAAAAAUCUUUGCAUCUGUCCAAGGAAGCAGAAUUGGGUCUCUUUUCAAGGUAAUGGGCCCCAUCAUGAUCGAAGUUGUGUUUACAACCAGAGCAACGUAGUAGAUGGAGUUUACUGCCUCCCAAUAGCACACUGGAUUGAAGUCUCUGGACAUACUGAUGAGAUGAAACAUACAACUGACUUCUAUUUUAAUAUUGCAGGACAUCAAGCUAUCCAUUACUCCAGAAUUCUGCCAAACAUCUGGCUAGGAAGUUGCCCUCGGCAGCUGGAGCAUGUAACCGUGAAGCUGAAGCACGAGCUGGGUGUUACGGCUGUGAUGAACUUCCAGACUGAAUGGGACAUUGUUCAGAAUUCCUGGGGCUGCAACCGCUACCCGGAACCCAUGAGCCCCGAAAUCCUCAUGAAACUGUAUAAAGAGGAAGGUCUUGCCUAUGUCUGGAUGCCAACCCCAGACAUGAGCACUGAAGGAAGAAUACAGAUGUUGCCACAAGCUGUCUGCCUCUUGCACGGGCUACUGGAGAAUGGACACACUGUCUACGUUCAUUGCAACGCUGGCGUUGGCAGGUCUACAGCUGCUGUCAGUGGCUGGCUGAAGUACGUGAAGGGAUGGAGCCUGCGGAAAGUGCAGUACUUUUUGGCAUCCCGGAGACCAGCUGUCUACAUAGACGAGGAAGCUCUGAAUCGUGCUGAAGAUGAUUUCUACCAGAAAUUUGGGCAUCUUCGUUCCUCAUGCAAAAUACAAGAGUAGAAAAACAGAAGCAGAAAAGGAAGGUGAAGAGGAAUCCUUACAUUUGAACCCCAAGGACUUGGAAAUCAUGAGUCGGAUGCCUGCCUCUCCGCUUCAGAUUAUAAGCUUGUCAUAAAAGUCGUGAGAAUUUUAUUAAAAAACUGCCUUUGAGGGUUUUGUAUUUUGCUUUCUUUAAGCUGAUAUGAUUCACGUUUUCAAGCCUUUUGCUGCAAGUAUGAGACCUAGAAACUCUGCAAAGGGAAACUAAGAUUUUCUUUUAACUACUUGCCUACAGGAACUAGAAGUUUUAGGGUAGACACUAAAUAAGAUGUGAGGUGAAAUAGAGUUGGCAAUAUUUCAGUGACAAGAAAGAGAAGGCAUUCUCAGAAAAACAGAUACAAAAGCUGACUGGAUUAAGGUUCGGGUUAGGUUGGAGCUGAUCAUUGUCAAAGCUGCUCAGUUAUUUUAGGUGGAGUGUACGUUAUUGAAGUGUUUAAACAAAAAGCUGAUGUCUAAUGCAGUGAGCUAAAAUUUGCUCUCUUUGCCUAUCUAGUUAAUGUUAAAUAUUAUGAGUUACAACUAUAUUCUUUUGUGACAUUGGGGUUAUGCUGGGAUGUGGCAUGAAGAGAGGAAACAGCUCCACUUACUGCAGCCUUACUCUGUUGCAGGGAAAGACUACUAUUUAUUACACUAUUCUAGGCUGUGAGAUCUCAAAGUCAAAGAUACAUUCUAGUCCAUGCAGCACUGUACAGUGGGCUCCCUAGGUGCCAAGUCAAUCUCAGCAGUAACCACUAGGCUAAAACAGGACCUAUAGGAACUACGUGAUAAGCCUCUGCACAUGAUUGACACCACAGCCUCUGUGGUGUUGACCUAGAUUAAUUUCUUCACUAUAGCAAAAGUCUCUCCUUGUGCAAGCAGUGUGUGGGUGUUCACAGAUGGUAGAUUAACCGACUGAAGCUAAUGCUGGGCUAUCCCUGUUGGCUUUGUGGAUGAUUCCUAAUGUUUUCCAGCACUGCUUAGUCCCUUAGCUAAACUAAGCAGUGGCAUCAACAGCUUCCAGCCCUGCUCAGGUAAAACCAAUUUGCUGUAGGUUAAGUCCAAGAGAGAAGGGAGAGAAAGCAUUUCCUAAGGAACAGAGCAUUAAGGAUGCAUAAACAGUAAGAAACCUAAUUUCUAUAGGUUUAUUCUUCAGUGAAAUCUCAUUUUUUUCCAGCCAACUUGUUCCUCUAAAGACCCAGUCAGUGCCAGAGUACUUUAGCUGAUGUAUUUUGAUUAUCUGAAUACUUAAUGGAGAAGCUAUUAGAUAUGAACUGUUUAUAGAGACUGUCCAGAAUAAUAUAAUAUCUUUUAUUUACCCUAUGCUUCAAUCAUCUUCAAAAGGAAAAAUGUUUAAGUUAUUCUGUAUGUGUGGUUUUGAUCAUUACUUUGUGUCUGAUUUUUUGAAAUGACACUGCCUGUUUAGAAAAUGGAUGAGAAAAGUUCUCCAUUAAAUAAAAACAUAACGACAA